AUGAGCAAGCUGCGAGAGCGCUCUGGAGAAUUUGUAUAUCUGGCAAUCGCUAGAGCGCUGUCAACGGCAGCGAGCCAGAAGCAGCUACGGAAAAUCCAUUCGCGUCUGAUUACAUUAGGCCUUGAGAAGUCCGUCUUCUUUUCCGGGAAGCUGACGAGCAAAUAUGGGCAGCUGAAGGACCCGGUUUCUUCCUUUCAUGUAUUCCGAGUAGCCACGCCGGCGACCAGUGCCUAUCAAUGGAAUUCAGUUAUCAGAGCGCUCACCCAGAAUGGGUUGCCCACUGAAGCUCUCGAGCUUUACUCCCGCAUGCAAGAGCUUGAGGUCAGGCCUGAUUCUUAUACUUUCCCGUCUGUUAUCAAUGCUUGUGCGGCGUUGUUGGAUUCUGAAACGGGUAGGGUUGUCCAUGAUCGGGCAGUGGAGAUGGGUUUCGGGUCUGAUUUAUAUAUUGGAAACGCUUUGGUGGAUAUGUAUGCCAGGUUUGGCGAUCUGGCAAAGGCCCGGAAUGUGUUUGAGGAAAUGCCUCGCAGAGAUCUUGUGUCGUGGAACAGCUUGAUUUCUGGGUAUAGUGCAAAUGGGCACUGGGAGGAGGCUUUGGAGAUUUAUCGUGAUUUUAAAAUGGUGGGUUUGAAAUCAGAUUCUUUUACUGUAUCAAGUGUUCUGCCUGCCUGUGGAUGCUUGCUUGACGUUGAGGGCGAGGUGAUCCAUGGGUUCGUUGAGAAGAUGGGUAUGAAUGCUGACGUUAUAGUGAACAAUGGGCUUCUUUCUAUGUAUUUUAAGUUCGAUCAAUUGGUGGUUGCGCAAAGGAUCUUUGAUGAAAUGGUCACAAGGGAUACUGUUAGUUGGAACAUCUUGAUUUGUGGUUAUUCUGAAAUGCAGUUGUUUGAAGAGUCGGUCAAGUUCUUCGUGGAGAUGGUUCGUAUGUUCAGACCAGAUUUAUUGACAAUCACUAGCGUUCUCCGUGCAUGUGGUCAAUUAAAGGACUUGGAAUUUGCAAAAUUCGUCCAUAAUUAUAUGAUGGACAAUGGUAUCGAACGUGAUGUCACUGCUAAUAACAUACUUAUUGAUACCUAUGCAAAAUGUGGUGAUAUUUCAGCAUCAAGGGGAGUGUUUGAUGCAAUGGGAUGUAAAGAUUCUGUUUCAUGGAACUCUAUGAUCAGUGCUUACAUUCAGAAUAGCAGUUAUGGCGAAGGGAUGGAAGUCUUCAAGGCGAUGGUGAAGGAACUGAAGCCUGAUUCUGUUACUUGUAUACUGAUCUUGUCAAUAUCUGCUAAAGCAGCAGAAUUGGACCUCGGGAAGCAAGUCCACUGUGCUGUGGCUAAAUUAGGAUUUGACUUGGAUCUGGUUGUUCAGAAUGCAUUACUUGAUUUCUAUGCCAAAUGUUGGAGAAUGAAUGAUUCACUCGAGCUUUUCAGGAGCAUCAGAGAUCGGAAUGUGGUAUCCUGGAACACCAUCAUUGUAGCAUGUGGGCAAGGAGAAGACUCUAGCUUAGGAUUCAGGAUGAUAAACCAGAUGGUGAGUGACAAUAUAAUGCCAGAUCCAACGACAAUGUUAGGUGUGUUGCCAAUAUGUUCCUUGCUAGCUGCCAAACGGCAAGGCAAAGAAAUUCACGCCUCCACUUUGAAGUUAGGAUUUGAAUCAAACGUUCCAAUUGGGAACGCACUGAUUGAAAUGUACUCCAAGUGUGGUAAUCUAAAGUACGCAAUUAAAGUUUUUCAGCAUAUGAAAGCAAAAGAUGUUGUGACCUGGACGUCAUUGAUCUCAGCUUAUGGAAUGCAUGGUGAAGGGAUGAAAGCAUUGAGAGCUUUUGAUGAAAUGAAAGCAGCUAGAGUGGCUCCUGAUCGAAUUGCCUUUGUGGCCAUCCUCUAUGCAUGCAGCCAUUCAGGUUUGGUGGAUGAGGGUCUCGAUUGUUUUUACCAAAUGAAAAGGGAUUAUGGGAUUGAGCCGAGAAUUGAACAUUAUGCUUGUGUAGUUGAUCUUCUCUCUCGAUCUGGGCAGUUAUCUAAAGCUGAAAAAUUCAUCGGUUCUAUGCCUUUGAAGCCAGAUGCAAGCAUAUGGGGAGCUUUACUUAGCGCCUGCCGAGCAUGUGGAGAAACAAAGAUUGCUGAACGUGUAUCUCAGCAUAUUAUGGAACUAGAAUUGGAUGACCCUGGUUAUUAUGUUCUAGCAUCCAAUGUUUUUGCUGCUUUAGGUAAGUGGGAUCAGGUAAAAAGCAUCCGAAAAUCCAUAGUAGCUCGAGGACUGAAGAAAGAACCCGGGCGGAGUUGGAUUGAGAUGGGAAACAAAGUUUUUGCAUUUGGGUCUGCGGAGAAGUUCUCUGAACAUUACCAAGAGAUUAGGAACUUUUUAGACGAGCUUGCUGCUUUGAUGUCGAAGGAAGGUUAUGCUGCUAAUGUACAAUAUGCUUUGCAUGACAUUGAGGAGGAUGAAAAGAGAGACUGGCUUUGUGGGCACAGUGAGAGGCUUGCUAUAGCUUUUGGAUUGUUGAAGACAGAUCCAGGGACCCCCUUACAAGUAAUGAAGAACCUUCGUGUUUGUAGGGAUUGUCACACUUGGACCAAGUUCACGUCGAAGCUUAUGAAGAGAGAAAUAUUAGUUAGAGAUGCUAAUCGAUUUCAUUUGUUCCGAGAUGGGUCGUGUAGUUGUGGAGACUAUUGGUAG